AUGAUGCUCUUUCGCUCUCCUUUGCCCUCAAUCAACCUCCGUCCCGUCCUCCUUCUAUCUCCCCAAAUUCCACCGUCAUCUUCCCUGAAAUCUGUGUCAAAUUUGCCCUCUGCCUUCUCCACUACUGGUACAUCCAAAAUCCGAUUCUUUUAUUUCGUGGGUUUCAUUUCAGAAGAUAGCAAAUCCCAAGAGGAGAGAGCGACCAGUUGGCUGAUUGCCUUGGAGCCGUCCUUUCUUCCCAGUUGUACUUACAGUGUGCAGAGGCUGUUAACCAUUGUGAUUUGGACCCAGUUGCAUAUGAAGCUUUUUCCUCCGGCGUUGCGUAUCUGCUUCACUUCAUCUGAAUCAUUCCUCUUCCAGAAUGUUAGCUUCUCCAUUGCCAUCGUUCUCCACUGCUUCAUCUUCAGCCAGAUGAUACUAAUACUGCAAACUGGUGACACGAAGCUGUAUAUAUCGUUUUGGUUGGAAAUGUUAGAUUAGGGAAUGUCUAUUCCCACUUGGAGUUUGGGAAUUUGAAGCACAUCCAUGAAGCUGGGACAGUUUUGUAUAUUGUAAUAGCAACAAGUAUGAUGAAUAAUACUGGAUUUUAAAUCGCAGAAAAUGGCAACUGAAAUCACAAUCUUACAUAUAACUAGGUCAGAGAAGGAAGCUCAUCUGGCAAGAUUGUUGAGGUGGUCUAUAAAUGUGAUCCUUUCUUUUUAAUUUAUAAAAUUCGUUCCUACAACGUGCGCUUAUUAUUCCAUUACGAAAUUUCAUAUUUCAAUGUUUUAUUUAUUAAUUUUCAUUUCUAGCUAUAAAGAAUGUCAUAUUUGUCUGUUUGUUUUGUUUUGAUAGAAUGGAAUAUGUGAUUCCCUAGUGUUUUAUUCUUAUAGUAUGAAAUAUCAUUUUUCCCUAUUUAUAUUUCCCAAUUUUCAUUUCUAAGGUAUAAGG